AUGAGUACAGCUUUACUGCUGGAUCCGGAGAUCCUUCAGCAGCUGAAGGUUCCCAUUAUCCCUCAGAUUGUGUGUAAGGUGAGGUAUCCUAAGCUGACUGCUGACAUGAUGUGUGCAGGGAACAUGGCAGGAGAGAAGGACACCUGCAAAUGUUUUGUGCUUCCAAAGAGGGAUUACGGCGGCCCGCUGGUGUGUCGUGCAGGCAGUGGCUUCGUGCAGGCGGGCGUCAUGAGCUACGGGAGUCUCAACGGUUGUACUUUUCCAGGCAGUCCUGGCAUCUUCACCCAGGUGUCCAAACAUCUGCGCUUCAUCAAUGACUACAUCCACCGCCGCUAGCGCCCAUAAAGUUGAAGAUGUCCAGUCUUCUCGCCUGACAGCCCGCCUAACUCUUUAUAGCUUCUCUCCUCCUGUUGAACUGUCCUUUACACUGGUUCAACAUCAACUCUGGUUUGGUCGACUAAAUCCUCUGCAUUAAAGCUUUUAAGCAUCA